AUGCCAGACUCGCCGGUCUAUAUUGGCACUGCCUUUGUGGCUGGUGUCUGUCUUGCAAUUGUAUAUCGCGACUUCAUUGCACCGAGUCAUCGCGAGACCGAGAGUACUGCAGACAAGUCGGAGCCAACUGCGCGAGCUGGUCCUCCGGCCAUUGUAGAGGGCAUUGAGGGCUGUAUCGGGAACACGCCGCUCCUUCGGAUCAAGUCGCUUUCCGAGGAAACAGGAUGUGAGAUCCUGGGCAAAGCAGAGGUGUGUAUCCCAUUCUAUUGCCACUACAACAAAGCUGACAACGGAAACCAGUUUCUCAAUGGCGCAGGACAGAGCUCGAAAGACCGGGUCGCACUAAGCAUGAUUGAAAUGGCAGAGGAACAUGGUAUACUCGCUCCCCAUUCGGGCGACACCAUCUACGAAGGCACCUCAGGAUCGACCGGCAUUUCACUAGCUACCCUAGCCCGGGCAAAGGGCUACCUCGCACACAUAUGCAUGCCCUCCGACCAAGCAAUCGAAAAAUCCAACCUUCUCCUCAAACUCGGCGCAAUCGUCGACCGUGUGCCGCCAGCCCCAAUCGUCGAAAAAGACAACUUCGUCAACAAAGCCCGCGCCCUCGCACACGCCCACACAGCAUCAGGGACAAGCCGCGGCUUCUUCGCGGAUCAGUUCGAAAACGAAGCCAACUGGCGCGCGCACUACCGCGGUACCGGACCCGAGCUGUACACCCAAUGCAAUGGACAUAUGGACGCCUUCGUUGCCGGUGCCGGGACAGGAGGGACCAUCGCCGGCGUGGCACGCUACUUGAAGCCUCUCUUGCCGCAUAUCACGGUCGUGCUGGCUGACCCACAGGGUAGUGGGCUGUAUAAUCGGGUGAGAUAUGGUGUGAUGUUUGAUCUUAAGGAGCGGGAGGGCACGCGGCGAAGACCGCAGGUUGAUACUAUCGUUGAAGGGAUUGGGAUCAAUCGAGUUACGGCGAACUUUGAGGCUGGGAAGGACCUCGUUGAUGAUGCUGUGCGCGUGACGGAUGCACAGGCGCUGGCUAUGGCGCGAUGGCUUGUUGAGAAGGAUGGGAUUUUUAUUGGAAGUAGUAGUGCGGUCAACUGUAUUGCGGCCGUCAAAACAGCCAUGAAACUCGGCCCCGGACACCGGAUUGUCACGGUGCUCUCGGACUCGGGGUCGCGGCAUCUGUCGCGGUUCUGGGCUACGGCUGGGGAUGUGGGUGGCGCGGUUGAUACGAAGCUGGAAGACGUCUUGAAUGCGCGCGAUGAGGAUUUUCAGUGA